GCCAUGUUUUCCUAAACACAAACAACAAGAGGAGCAGCGACUAGCAGGCAGCAGCAUAUACACACAAACAUACACACACACAGAUCACGCAGCGGCGACCGUUGGAGGCGACCUAGAACAAAAACCAAGCGCAUCGAGCACGGCAGCGCGGCUUUGCGUCGAAUGAAUAACGUUUCCGGUAUUCGGAGAGACCAAUUUGCACGCAGUGGAUCGGCGGUCGACAGCCGGGUGGUUCAUAAACAAGUGAAGUGGCGCUGAGGACAGGAAGACAAGGAAUUACCUGGAGGGUUUCUGCCUGUCCACAUUUAAGUUGGAGCGAGCGGAAAAGGCGCCAAGGGAAGGAAAGGAGGGAGGGAACGGCGAAGAGGAGUGCAGGUCGUGUUUGCUCCCGGCAGCUGUUCCAGCAGCCUGUUUUUGUUUUUGUUGUUUUUUUUUUUUUACAUGAUUCUUCAAAUGUCCCAGCGUUCCUUUUUUUAACUUUCAUGUUAUAACCUUAAAUGUGAGGUCUAACUGCUGUAAAAACAUACGAGAGGACACAUUACUGGCAAGUCUUGUUUUUUUUUGGUUGUUCCAUUGAGAAUUUCCAAGGUUCUUUUUGUUUUCGAUGUUUUACAAAGUUAAUCAGCUGUGAGUAGCAGGAGCUUCCAUUCUCCAAUCUGUCGUCAAAGCCCUUCCUUACAUACCGAACUGAUAACCUGGUAUCCCUCAAGCACCUACAACUGGCAGCUAUUCUUGUGGAUGUGUUUUUUUUUGGGGGGGGCACCCUGUGACCACAGCUUAAGCACCACUCGGCCUUCUAGUCACCCAAGCCUAAGUAAACCCAGCCAGCUCUAGCCUGGUCCAGCCCAGUCCAGCCUGCUCCGAUAUCUUUGGACAGGAUACUCAGUUCUGUGCGGACGUGAGGAAUAUGACUGCUGAGACUCUCAACUUCGGCCCAGAAUGGCUCCGUGCACUGUCCAGUGGGGGGAGUGUGACGUCCCCCCCUCCUUCCCCUGCCAUGCCAAAGUACAAGCUGGCCGAGUACCGCUACGGCCGAGAGGAGAUGUUAGCACUUUAUAUCAAAGACAACAAGGUCCCAGAGGACAUGCAGGAUAAGGAGUUUGCUGCUAUUCUGCAAGAUGAGCCCAUGCAGCCGCUGGCACUGGUGCCUCUCACUGAGGAGGAGCAGAGGAACUUCUCUAUGUCUGUGAACAGUGUGGCCGUACUGAGACUCAUGGGAAAGGGGAUGGGCGGUCCUCCCCCGGCUGGAGUGAUCCGAGGACGAGGCGCCCCGAGAGUCGGCAGAGGCCGGGGCCGCGGUGAAGGUGGAUUCUACCAAAGAAGUAUUGAAGAUGUGGAGGUGGGUUUUGGGCGCAGCUCACGAGAGAUACAUCGUAGCCAGAGCUGGGACGAUCGGGGUGAGCGUCGAUUCGAGAAGCCGCUCCGACGGGAGGUGGGGCGUCCUGGCUUUGAGGAGGGCCCCGUGGGCCCUGGGAGGAAGGAAUACACAAGGGCUGAUAGUGAUAACUGGCGCACCCUCCGGGAGGAGCAAGAGGCCGAGGAGGGGGAGCCGGGAACCAAUUGGAGACUGGCUGGACCCCGCAGGGACGAUGGUGGUCCGCGCUCAGCAGGCUGGCGGGACCAUGUCGGUCCGGGUGAGAGCCGCCGUCGCAAGUUUGACUUCGACUUCCGGGAUUCAGAGGGGCAUAGUGGUGGACGGCGGCGUGCUGGCAGUGACGGGCUGGAGGAUGACAGGGACGGUUUGCCCGAAUGGUGUACUGAUGAGGAGGAUGGGGAAAUGGGAACUUUUGACUCCUCUGGAGCGUUCAUGCCUAUGAAGAAGGGUGGCAAGGAUACCAUCCUGGAGGAGGAAUUAGAGUUCAAGGGAAUUGAGGAGGAGGAAGAAGAGGAAAUUCUUGCUGACAUUGAGAGGAACUCUGGUGAUGGAGACAAUGACAAGGAAAGUAAAGAAUCCACCUCGGCUGCGGUUGACGGGGAGGCAAAACCAGCAUCACCUUCUUCCUCCCCUCAUAGCCAUGGUGCCCCUCCAUCCCUGGAGCUCCAGCCCAGCAACACUGGCCCAAUGGUGGAUAGCACUCCGCUGAGCAACAGCCACCCUUUAAAGGACAGUAGCACACCAAGUGAAGAUGUGGCUCUAGUGAGUGGAACCAAGACCCAGGUGAGCCCCAACACUGCCACCUCCUCAACUUUGCCUCCGCCGCCUCCAUCUUCUUCUGCUGCUCCCCUCCUCCCUCCAUCCGGGGGAGGAGACAUUGAGGAUGAUGAGGGCAUGAAACACCUGCAGCAGGAGGCAGAGAAGAUGGUGGCAUCGCUGCAGGACACCUCUUUAGAGGAGGAGUGUUUCACGCAGGCUCUGCAGCAGCAGCAGGAGAGUAGGAACACUGCAGCUGCUUUGCCGCUUUCGCACGAGGCCUCCAUGAAGUGGUUCUACAAAGACCCACAAGGAGAGAUUCAGGGUCCUUUCACCACUGUGGAGAUGUGCGAGUGGUUCCAAGCUGGCUACUUCACCAUGACGCUCUUGGUGAAACGGGGCUGCGACGAGGGCUUCCAACCCCUGGGCGAUGUCAUCAAGAUGUGGGGCCGUGUGCCCUUCGCCCCGGGGCCCUCCCCUCCGCCCCUGCUGGUGAGACAGCCACCACCAACGCAGCGCCCGCAGCCCACCCGGGGGCCCGCCGGGACUGUGAGUCAGACCUCAGCCAACAUAGACGAUGGGAAGGGGUGGAUGCAGAAGGGAGGGAAGAUGGAUAGACAGGGCACGGGGAACCUGGACCAGGAGCGGCUCAAAAAACAGCAGGAGCUGGCAGCGGCAGCUCUCUAUCAGCAGCUCCAACAGCAGCAGUUAUUCCAGCUCAUUAACAGGUGCAGUGAGCAGGGUAUGAUGCCUUCGAUGAACAGGUCGAUGUCAGUGCCAGAUACAGGGUCCAUGUGGGACAUGCAUACCUCAGCUUCACAGCCAUCAGGUGGUGAAGCCAGUCUUUGGGACAUAACAAUGAAUCCUUCUACUCAGGGUCCAACUCUGGAACAGCUUCAAAAGCUGCAGCAGGAGAGGCGAGACGCUGAACUCAGGGCGAAGCGUGAGGAAGAGGAACAGCGUAAGAGGAGGGAGGAGAAGAGGAGGCAGCAGGAGGAACAAAAGAGAAGGGAGGAUGAAGAGCUUUUCAGACGCAAGCAGAGUCGUCAGCAGCAGGAGCUAAUCAUGAAGCUGCUGCAGCAAGGGCCCCAGCAGCAGGGUCCUGGGGCAGGCAGCUCAAGCUGGAGUGGGGCUUCCUCCUCUGGACUCUCCAAGACGGGGAAAUCCCAAACUCUGACUCUGCUGGAGAUGCAGCAAGAGACCGAAAGACUCUUAAAGCAGCAGCAGCAACAGCGAGCCCAGCAGCAGAGGGACCGGCACUCUUGUCUGUCCAUGGGGAGUGCCUCCAUUGGAGGCCAGUGGGCAGAUGGCAUUGGCAUUUGGGGCGGGCCUGGUGGCAUGGAGGGGAAAAGUGGCAGUGGCGGCAUGGGCAUGUGGGAAGAGGCUGUGAAGAACCAGGCCAGCCUCCGUGGCAAUAGCAACAACAACUUGGGCUUAAAGAACAGCCGGAGCAGCCCAUCACUCAGUGACCAGUACAUGAUGCGUCGUAAGCGGACAGACGAGGAGGAGAAGCUGCUGAAACUGUUGCAGGGCAUGAAGCCUCAGGACGGCUUCACUACCUGGUGUGAGCAGAUGCUGCACGCCCUCAACGCCUCUGCCAACAACUCCUCUUCUCCUCUGGAUGUUUCUACGAUUGUGACCUACCUGAAGGAGGUGGAGUCUCCCUAUGCAGUGUUGGACUUCAUCCGGUCCUACUUAGGGGACACAGUGGAAGCCAAAGAGUUCGCCAAACAGUUCCUGGAGCGACGUGCCAAACAGAAAGCCAACCAACAGAGACAGCAGCAGCAGUUAUCAAAGGAAGUGGCUGGUCUGAACAUGAACUUCCCUCUGCAGGACUCCAUGCGAGGUAUGAACCCCAGUUCCCUGCAGUCUAUGUUCCAGGCCAACCACAUGGGAAAGGCCGGUCUGUAUGACAACCAAGGAGGGAAGAUGAAAAAAAAACAGCCCAUGAUGCUGCACCCUGAUCCCAGCAUCUUAGGCUACUCAUUCCACAAUACGGCCGAGUGUCUGAGCCUGAAUGAAAUGGAGAUGGUGGAGGAUUACUGAUGUGACGCAGCGCAGCAGCAAUAGCUACCUGAGGCCUUCUGUCUUUUAAUCAGACAAACCUGAUGACGAAUGUGCACUGCUGGGGGAACCUGGGGGUGGGGAUUUUGGGAAGGGAGCAAGCCUGAGAGGAGGUUCAGUGUGAUCGGGUGGUUGCAGGUGCGUGUUAGAGGGCCGCCCCCCCCUCCCGACACCUACUCCUCUUGUGGUUAUCAUAAAAAUGGGGCUCCUUGCUGCACCAGUUGAUCACUUGAGCAGGGGCAAAGGGGGUGGGGGGUGUUUCAAAGAAAGGUGGGUAUCCUCUGGCACUCUACAUUUUAAGCACCUUAUAAUGAACUAAUGCACUUUAAUGAGAUGGGAUUUGAAUGAUUUUUUUGUGUGUGUGUGUGCGCACGCGUGUGUGUGUGCGUGCGUGCUCAGAAUCAGUGUCCACACCCAGUAUGUGUGUGAACACAGUCGGUGUGCAUCGCAACUGGAAGUGUAGAGAGGGGGAGCAUCGGGUGAGUUUUUCAAAGUUGGGGACCUUUAAGUUGAGAGCAAAUCCUUUUUCUCGAAAGACAAAACACUGUUGAUAUUUCUCGUUUUUGCAUUUUUUUACGUUUAUAUAAAAAAAGUAAAGCUAUUGAAAAACGGAUCAUAAAAAACUUGAAGAUUUGCACUUGCCUAAAAAAAUGACAUGAUAAAAACAAAAAAAAAUGGGGGUUAGUUGUAGAAGUGGAUAUUUUUGUGAAUGUGUGUGAAUGACUGACAUGUGAUGAUUGGUUCUUGUCAGUAAUAUACCAGUCUGCACAAUGUCUUUUUCUUUUUUUUUGUUGCUUACCAAUAUGUGUGAGAUAUAAGAGGCCAUUUUUGACUUUUUAAAUUUUUUUAUUUUGUACUUUCAUGUUUGUGUGCUGCAUGUGGUUGAGUUAGAGAGAGAGAGAGGGUAAUUGCACAACACAUCCUUUCUCUCCCCUUCCUCUUAACCCCGUUUAGGCGAUAAUGAAAUGCAUACACUUCUAAAAUGUCAGCUUUGUGCUCAUCACGCGAUGGCCACCGCUAGUUCAUCUCCUUCGGUUGUGUUUGGAUGCGAGGCAAAUCACAGGAGACGGCGUUGUGUGUGUGUGUGUGUGUGUGUGUGUGUGUGUGUGUGUGUGUGUGUGUGUGUUCAUUCACUGUUGAUAGAAAUGAGGCAAGACUACAGGUACUCAUUUUGAAUACAUGUGCUUUUUUUGUGUGUGAAUGCACAUUUGUGCCUAUGAACUUGGAUCGGGUGCAUGGCCAUUGAGACAUUAGCUCUUUUUUGAGAGUGUGUGUGACGUGUCAGUGCUCAGCACAGUGUAUGUCAAGUGUGUACGUUUUUUUUUAUAUAAAUCUAUAUCGUAAAUGUUUCUAGUUUGGUCGAGGGGUGAUCCAUCGGAAGGUUAGUGCGUUACUGCUCAUGGGGUGUGAUCACGUUGCCUUUUGUCAGCUCUCGAACUUGUGAAUGAAAGGUGUCGAGGUUUUGACUCUUGAGAAAAAUGAUAGAGCAUCUUAAUGUGCAGGUGCACAUCACGGUGCAUGUCAUGUUAGCAUUGUGUUACUUGUUCGUUGUUGCAAUUUGAUAAUGACGAGUUUUCUUUUUUAUGAGAAAUAUAUAUAUAUGAACAUAUACAUUAUAUACAAAGUUUAAAAAGUAUUUGGACUAAGAUAAUGAGCACUUGGGGCUGCUAUUUUUGUUGUUUUUUUUCUUAAUUUUUUGUUUCAUUGUCACCAUGUGAAGUGUGUAUUUGUUUAAGAAAAUAUUGAAUGUAUUCCAAAAAAUGACAAGAAACCCGUGCUGAUAUUUUUUUCCUCAGAAGAUUUCAAAAAUGGAAACAAAAUACAAAAAAGCUUCAAAGAAUUUUUCUUUUAUUUUAGUAGACAGUGGAGGAGGAAAAAAAAAAAAGAACUGGGAUAGAUACAGUUGAACACACUGCCUCUAUAAUCCUCGUCGACAAAUGGUGACUACGAAUUUAAAGAAAGGACUAUUUCUAUUCCAUACUGGAUUUUUGGUUGUUUACAAACCACAUGGAUAUCUGUGGGUGCAUUUUUUUUGUUGUUGUUGUUGUUGUUUUUUGGGGGGAGGGGGGUUUGGAUCAUGUUUUUUUCAUUUGUUUUCCAUCUUAAGUGGUUUGGGUUUGAAAGUGCGCUUCUGCCAUAUGGACAUUGAGUGCUGUUUGUUCUUGAGGAAACAUGGACACAAGACAAAUCCUCCUAACUGGAGCUUUUUGGGACUGCCGUGGAUCCUGAAAUGUGGAACGUAAUGGGGAAAUCCCAGGAUUGGCCUCCAUUGUUUUUUUUUUUGUUUUGUUUUUGUUUUGGUUUUUUUUUUUAUGCGUGGAAUGGAGUGCGGGGCGACACCAGUUGGAGAAGGUAAUGAGAGGCAAUACGAGUCUUUGGCUCAGUCCUCGCCAGCACUCACCCUGCCCUCACCAACUCACCUAUGCACUUUUGUUCAAUUCAAGCUGUGAGGUACCAUUUUUGGGGGGAUGGGAGCACAACGGGAGGAAAUAUAUUCCUAUAAUGAACCGAAAGACUGGAGUCUCCUGUACAUAAGCAUAUUUUUGUAUCACCUGAAUGGACGGAGAGACAACUUGCAAACAGAUGAAGGAAAAGUCAUGUUGGAGUGAAUGUUUUAGAGAAAAACAACUUUUUGAAAAAAAAAAAUCCAAUCUUUUGUUAGACUUUUCCCAUAUAGGUUGUUGGAUGGGGAAAGAACAGAACUGAGCAGCUCCAGGACUCUUAGCAAAAUGGACGUUGCAGUGGCCACAAGAUUGUUUUCAAGGGCAGAGAUUUUUGUUUUUGUGGUGUUGUCGCCUAAGCUGACUGUCCUGAGAGUGACCACGUGAGGGGAACCUUUGCUUCCGGAGCUUGGCUGUGCUUGCUGCCCUUUGCAAAGAGGAUCGAAUUCACGGCCAACCAGUCAACAAACCCUUAGCGGCCUCCUGGAUGGACCAGCGUGGUGCCGCGAUGACAUCGGAAGCUGCACGAAUCCAUCAAGAUUUGACGACGCGAUGUCACCCACCUCGGUCUGGCUGGUCCUGAGGAGGUUUUCCUAACCUAGCAGAAUCAGUCUGGACACAAAGGACAGAGCCAGGGUUGGUUCUAAGUGGAUGAGAAGCCACCAUGAAGCCGUGGAUUUGGUUGGACUGAAGACUUGUACAAAAAAAAAAAACUUUGACACAUGCUCAUACGUACACAUAACUCCAUGUCACAUAGAUUCCAAAGGAGUUGGAGAAACACUGCAUAUCAGUGGGGCUCUCUCUCUCUCUCACACACGCACACACUCUUGCCAUCUCAGUUAAUACGGGGCUUUGUAAAUAAUGUAUACCAUUGUGUUUUUGAGGUUCCCCCCUCCGAGUGAGUUUUGCUUUAAUUCUCCAGUUGAACAUGCCUUAACAUGCCAUGGGUCCUGAAUGGCGAACUGAUCAAAUGGAUGAGUGUAAGUUGGACACCACUUUGUCUGAGAAAUGACAUCACAAACGCUUUUCUGCGUUUGUUCAGAACAGAGCGACAAGCUUUUCUUGACCUUGAUAUAUGUAUAUUUGUCCUUUUGUUUGGCUGCUGGUUGGUAGGGUUUUUUUUUUUUUUUUUUUUUUGGUUCUUAGGUGUUUUUCCUUGAAGAGUGAAUUUGUUGCAAUGACUGGGGCUGGUGCAGACUAAAUAAAAGAGCUGAAGUCUGUACUGUUUGGAGCUGAGCUGAAAAGGCCCAAAAGCACACAUUCUGAAUUUGGUGCCUAUACUUGAGUGCUGGUGAAUUGGUGCAAGAUGGUAAAUUAGAUUUUACCUGAAGUACUUCUAGUGUGUCAGAAUGGAUAAUUAACUACAAAUGUGGGAACAGAAAAUUGCUGCACUGCAAAACAACUUAAUCCCCAAAGAAGACGUAACAGCUUCAAAUUUGAUCUGGUUACCUUUUGGCUUCCAAAAAAAAUUGGAAUAAUUAUUUUCUAAAUUCUUAAAGGGAUUAAAGACGUCUCGAUACUCAAAAUGAGGAAAAUGAUCAGCUCAGUUCCAUUCGCUUGAAGUCUGAAUGCUUUUUUUUAGUUUUUAGGAAAGGCUAACAGCAUAAACCGAAUGAUAAAUAUUCUGAGGGGAAAACGAGCAACCGAAAGAUGUGUAAAUAGUUUGGUUUUUUUUGUUUGGAGAACAAAAUAAAUGCUAGUAGUUAGCAA